AUCCAGGGACCGGAAAUGGAGGCGCCCCCUACAGACCGUCACCAGGGGUGCAUCCGCCUCACCUCCCAGCGCGCUCCGCAAAGCAUGCUGGGAGCCAUGGCUGCGCCCGCAGUGCAUGCUGGGCAGUGUAGUCUCCGUGGGCCUCUCCACAGUCGAGGUGCGCGAUUCAUGAGGCCGAAGCUGCUGCCGGUUCUGGAACCUGGAGCUGUCCCCCAAAGGGCCACAUGGUACACACUUGUCCCCCUUGGAGAAAGCCCUAGCGCACGCGUUGGCCAUAACUGCUUAUAUUUGCCUCCAGCCCUAACGACUGGGAAAGGCAAAGUGGUCAUUGUCGGGGGAGCAGAUCCCAAUGGCAGUUUCUCCGAUGCCCACAUCAUAGAUCUGGAUAGACACCAGUGGGCAAUGCCUGGUUGGGUGGGCCUGUUGCCUCGAUAUGAACAUGCCACCUUCAUUUCCACAAGCAGCCCCACUAGCCUCUGGGUGUUUGGAGGGGCUGACCAGUCUGGAAAUAGAAACUGUGUUCAAGUGCUGAAUCUAGAAACAGGAAUCUGGGAAAGUCCUAAACUGAUUGGGACUCCACCACUCCCUAGGACAUUCCACACGUCAUCAGCGGCUAUAGGAGACCAGCUUUAUGUACUUGGAGGGGGAGAUAAAGGAGCAGAGCCCGUUAAAGAUCCACAACUUCACAUGUUUGACACAGCCACUUUGACUUGGUCGCAGCCAGAAGCACAUGGUAAUCCUCCCUCACCUCGGCAUGGCCAUGUGGUGGUUGCGGUUGGGACCAAGCUUUUCAUACAUGGUGGGUUAUCUGGUGAUAAAUUUUACAAUGAUCUGUUCUGCAUUGAUACAAUUGAUAUGAGAUGGGAAAAGUUACCAGCUGCUGGUGAUGUCCCAGGAGGACGGGCAGCCCACUCAGCUGCUGCCUUUGGAGACCAUCUGUACAUUUUUGGUGGAAUGGACCCAACUGGGGCACUGGAUACAAUGUAUAAAUAUCACAUAGAAAAGCAACAAUGGACACUAUUAGAAUUUGAUUCUCCUUUGCCCCCUGGAAGGUUGGACCAUUCCAUGUGCAUCAUUCCAUGGCAAGUAUCUGUCAAUGUUAAGAACAGAGAUUCAGAUGCUGUAGCCAGCAGAAAUACAAUUGGGAAGGAAGCAACUGAAACAGUCAGUGAUGAGGACGACUCUGAUCAGAAAAAACAAAUAGGAAAAGGCUGCACAGAAGACAAAUUGAUGUAUUUGUUUUUAAUAUUUGGUGGGAUGGAUACUCAAGGGAAGAUUCACAGGGACUGUAUUGUGAAUCUGAUUAAGUAAUAAAACCAGAAUACUCAAACUGUCCUCUUGUAUAAAUGUAAUUCUUUUUUCAGUGUUUAUAACUGACAAGAUCACUGCAAGAAACUAAAUUCUGGCAUGAACUGAGUGUUGUGCUAAGCAGAAAACCUUAUUUAUUAAAAUUCUCUAGUAACAGAUGA